AUGUCUCUCCAGCCAGGCGAGCCCAUCGCCAUUGUGGGUAGCGCAUGCCGUUUUGCCGGUUCUACGAACUCGCCCUCAAAGCUGUGGGACCUCCUGCGUCAGCCCCGGGAUCUCCGCCGCGAGGUCCCAGCAACUCGGUUCAGCGUCAGGGGCUUCUACCACCCUGAUGGAAGCUACCACGGACAUAGCAACGUCAGCCAUGCGUACAUUUUGGACGAUGACGACGAAAAUGACCCUAGUAAGUUCGAUUCCGAGUUCUUUGGCAUCAAGCCGGUCGAAGCCAGAGCGAUGGAUCCUCAGCAGAGGGUUUUGCUCGAGAUCGUGUACGAGGCGCUCGAAUCGGCCGGACUACCAAUAGAGCGCUUGAGGGGCAGUGAUACAGCUGUCUACGUGGGCUCCAUGACGGAUGAUUACACGGCCCUGUUGCUCCGAGACCUCCAGGACACACCCACGUACACGGCGACUGGAACAGCUCGCAGCAUGCUUUCGAACCGCAUCUCGCACGUGUUUGACUGGCGCGGGCCCUCUGUCUCGCUCGACACAGCAUGCUCCGCCAGCCUGGUCGCUGUUCACUUGGCCGUCCAAACCCUACGAGCUGGCGAAUCGAGGACUGCUGUAGCCUGUGGCGCCAACUUGAUCUUGGGGCCUGAGAACUUUAUUAUCGAGAGCAAGUUGAACAUGUUGUCCCCUGACGGACGCAGCAAAAUGUGGGACCAGGGGGCAAAUGGAUAUGCCCGUGGAGAAGGCGUGGCCGCUGUAGUGCUCAAGACGUUGCGCGCUGCGCUAGAGGAUGGCGAUCAUGUCGAGUGCAUCAUUCGGGAGACUGGACUCAACCAGGACGGAGCCACCCCAGGGAUUACCAUGCCCAGUGCAGCAGCACAGCAGGCGCUAAUCCAGAAGACAUAUUCCAAGGCCGGGCUUGACCUGGCGCAACGAAGUGACCGUCCUCAGUACUUUGAAGCCCAUGGCACUGGAACGCCAGCUGGAGAUCCCGUCGAAGCUGAAGCCAUCUACAACGCCUUAGGGUCGCUACCCCUGAACCCUGGAGAGCAGCCCCUUUAUGUAGGAUCCAUCAAGACCGUGCUUGGCCACACCGAAGGAACCGCGGGUGUGGCGGCCAUUCUCAAAGCAUCACUUGCGCUUCAGCACGCCUGUAUUCCACCAAAUCUCUGGUUUGAGACCCUUAGCGCCCGCGUAGCUCCGUUCUAUAAGAACGUUGAGAUCCCUGUUGCUUCAAGACCGUGGCCCCCGGUAGCGGCGGGGGAACCGCGGCGAGCAAGCGUCAACAGCUUUGGCUUCGGGGGAGCGAACGUGCAUGCCAUUUUGGAGAGCCACAUUGCCGAGUCAAGGGUUAGCUUGCCCACUGGAGGCAGUCUGCUUUUUACCCCUUUUGUAUUCUCGGCGUCUUCGCAACAGUCACUUACUGCCACCCUUCGAGCACAACUUGAGUUCCUAGACCAAUACAACAACAACAACAACGAAAACCGGGAAGACCUCGACCCUCAUGAUCUUUUGUGGACAUUGCAACAACGUCGAUCCGUCCUGGGGUGGCGGAUGGCUAUCACAGUGCCUGCAUUGGAAGAGUUACCGGUCAAGUUACGCGCAUGCCUCACAGACGGCGCCGCCAGUAUCGGGGUCAGAGCAUUGCCCGCUUCGUCCAAUCGCAUCUUGGGUAUUUUCACCGGCCAGGGAGCCCAAUACGCACGCAUGGGCGCUGAGCUCAUCCAGCAUUCCGAGACAGCACGAGGCAUCAUCCUGCGGUUAGACUCAUACUUGAGGGAACUCCCUGAUGGCGACAGGCCUGCCUGGUCUCUGGAAUCCGAGUUGAUGGCCGAUGAAUCGUCAUCCAGGGUCCAUGAGGCUUCCAUCUCCCAGCCGCUUUGCACAGCGGUUCAGAUCCUCCUCGUCGACCUACUCCGCCUCGGCGGAGUCCGCUUCAGCGCUGUAGUCGGCCACUCGUCAGGCGAGAUCGCGGCCGCGUACAGCGCAGGAUUUCUGACGGCUCGUGACGCCAUUUGCAUUGCUUAUUACCGCGGUUUCCAUCUUCAGAAGGCCUCCAGUCCUCACGGUCACCACAUCAAAGGGGCCAUGCUGGCGGUAGGGACCUCGGCCGAGGAUGCUACCGAGCUUUGCAUGGACAGGGUCUUCAAGGGCCGCAUUGUUGUCGCCGCCAUCAACUCCCCGUCCAGCGUGACCAUCGCAGGAGAUGAAGAUGCCAUUACCGAGCUUGAGACUAUUCUGGAAGACGAGAAGAUAUUCUUCCGUCGCCUUAGAGUCGACAGGGCGUACCACUCGCCUCAUAUGCUUCCUUGUGCCGACCCCUACGUUGAGUCGCUGCGCCGCUGCGGCGUGACGAUGCAGACGCCCAAGCCAGACGACGCCACCUGGUUCUCCACUGUUUACGAGGGCAUGACGGGCGGUCAGGCGUCUAGCUUUGGAGCAGAGUACUGGGCCGCCAACAUGACCAAGCCGGUUCUUUUCUCGCAGGGCGUUAGCUUCGCGAUAGCAACGCAAUCUUGUGAUCUGAUUGUCGAAAUCGGUCCGCAUCCGGCACUCAAGGGACCUACGAGCCAGACCAUCCAAAGUGUCCUAGGCAAAGAACUUCCAUCCCACGGCACCCUUUCACGUGGGGCAAGUGCUGUUGAGGCAAUGUCUUCUCUCUUUGGCUUCAUUUGGAUGUACCUAGACUCUUCUUGCGUGAAUCUCAACGGCUACGAGCGAGUUAUGAAUGGCGUGAACCUGGAUCGCCGCCCACCAAGGCUUGUCAAGGGUCUGCCGACGUACAGAUGGGAUCACAGCGUUAGAUAUUGGCACGAGUCCCGUCGCUCCAGGAAAAUGAGACAGCGGGUUCACAGAGUCCACCCCCUGCUGGGAGAUGUCUCGCCGGAUAGCACUUCCCAUUGCAUGAGCUGGGAUCACUUUCUUAGCGUCAGCGAGAUGGAAUGGCUUGACGGGCAUCGCGUUCAGGGCGGUGCUGUCUUUCCUGCGGCAGGUUAUGUCUGCACUGCGUUGGAAGCGGCGCGCUUCGUUGCAGAAUCUGUGUGUCCGGGGAAGAAGAUCUGUGUCGUUGAACUGGGCAACUUUACGAUUCAUCAAGCAGUUACGUUCGACGGCGUCGCCAAGCGUGUCGAGGUGCUUGUGUCGAUGCACGAUAUUGAGCGGCCACAGCCUCAUCGGAUCAGUGCUACAUUCAACUACUCUGCCGCGCUGGGCAGUCAGCAGGACGACCAAGAGCUGACCCUCGCUGCGAGUUGCCGCGUCCACAUCGUCGUGGGUGACACCGCCAGCUUUUCACUCCUCCCCACUCGAAAACCCGAUUCUCCAAACAUGCUCGAUGUGGAGACCGAACGCUUCUAUGCUGCCCUGGCCGAUCUUGGCUACGGAUUCAGUGGCAGAUUCCGAUCGCUUUCAAGCAUGUACAGGAAGCACGGCAGGUCGACCUGUCAGCUGGAGAUGGCGCCGCGAGAGGAAGGAUAUGAGAAUCUUCUUAUCCACCCAGCCGAGUUGGAUGCAAUGCUCCAGUCCAUCAUGCUCGCCCGUAGCCAUCCAUACGACGAGGAGUUGCGGAAAAUGCAUCUGCCUACGGCGAUACGACAGAUCAGGGUCAACCCGUCGUUGCUACUUGACGGCGCAGCCAACCUCAAGCAAGUUGGGAUCAAAAGGGCUGCUAUUGAUAGCGUUGUGCAGGAGCCCGAGGUGGAAGCGCGUGGAAUCACAGGGCAUGCAAACCUGUAUAGCAGGGCCUCGGCACAUGCAGCCAUUCAGAUUCAAGGGGCGACCUUCAUGCCACUAGGAGGCAUUGGGCCCGAGGACGACCGUAAGGUAUUCUCCAAGGUCCAUUGGGUCCGGAGUAAACCAGACGGAGAGGAGGCAGCGCAGCAAAUAUCCCUGGACAAACAACACUACGAGACGGUGAAGGUCCUCGAAAGGAUCGCCGUAUUUUACCUGAGAAAGUUUAGCCGCGAGUUUUCUCUCGAAUCCGAAUCUCUCGCAAAGACAACAUCCGAGGACCACGCUCUGUAUCUCAAGUUUGCGCAGUAUGUCGCAUCCGUGGCCGAGAGCGGUGGGAACCCCUGGAUUGAGAAAUCCUGGCUUGAAGAUACGUUAGACGACGUUAUGGAGGCAAGCAAGCCAUUCUCUCACAUUCCGGACGUUCAUAUGAUGCACCUUGUCGGAGCAGAGAUGCCCAAAGUGUUUGCCGGCGAGACAACGAUGCUGGAGCAGUUUCGAACCGAUGGCAAAAACAUCCUGGACAAGUAUUACACUGGUGGAUUCGGUGUCCGCGACUCGGCUGCUUGGGUCGGCCGGACUGUGAAGCAAAUCGCGGACCGCUAUGCACACAUGAACAUUUUGGAAAUAGGGGCCGGCACCGGUGGAGGAACAAAGGCCAUUUUCCGCGAGAUUGGUGAUGGAUUCUUGACUUACACUUACACCGACAUCUCCACCGCCUUCUUCGAAGAUGCCAUGUCAACCUUCUCGCAAAACAAGAACCGCAUGAAUUUCAAGACCUUAGAUAUAGAGCGAGACCCAAUCGAGCAAGGCUACACCGAGGGCUCAUACGACCUGGUUGUUGCCUUCCUGAUGCUCCACGCAACCAGCGAUGUCGGGCUUUGUCUGUCGCGCGUUCGCAAACUCCUCAAGCCCGGGGGGUUCCUUGUCGUGGCAGAAGGUCACGAUGCGUGGGAGGGGUUUGCCCGGGCGGGCUUCAUCUGGGGCACUCUGCCAGGUUGGUGGUUGCGAGCGGGCGAGGGAGAGCAAACGCGUCUUUCGCCGCACCUGUCGCCUAAGGAAUGGGACGAGCAGCUGCGAGUGAGGGGAUUUUCUGGCGUGGAUACCUGCCUGCCGACCACUCAUCAGCAGGUGUUUAGCCAGUUCUGCUUUGUCUCACGCGCUACGAACGAUCAAGUUCGCUUUCUGCAGCAGCCCCUUUUGGAGUCGAGGUCAUCGUUCGCCCGCGACCCUAUCCAAAAGCUUGUCCUUGUCGGUGGUGACACAGCUCGGACACGGCACCUCGUCGAGGGUCUUCAGAGCAUAUUUGCUGCCAGGAAUGAUCUUGCGAGAGAGAUCUACCACUUCACGACCCUCCUGGAUGUUGACUAUAGCGUGGUCGAUGCCGGCUCAACCGUCGUGAGCUUAACCGAGCUUGACCGCCCUGUCUUCAAGGAUAUUACACCCGAGGCUUUCGCGUCACUCAAAUCCAUGUUUGGUACCGGUAAGACUCUCCUCUGGAUCACUAGCGGCCGGCUUGAACAUGAGCCUUUCUCCAACAUGACGGUUGGAUUCGGGAACGUAGCGGUCAACGAAACUCCCGACUUGCAUCUUCAACAGCUCGAAAUCAAGGAUCCCGUGAGCACCCGUCCUGAAACGAUAGCCGAAAUACUUUUACGUUUCCACAAUAGCACCACUAUGAAGACAGGCAAGCUUGUUUGGACAGUUGAGCCUGAAAUCGUGCUCGACGAACGAGGCCGCGAGAUAAUCCCGCGCAUCCGCCCUAUCCCGGAGCUUAAUGAUCGCUACAACUCGGCAACGCGGCCCAUCGUGCGCGAGUUUGAGUCUGGAAAGCUGCCUUCUACUGUCGUCUUGCAACGGAGACCUGCGUCAGGGGAAUUUGUUCUCCGACGACAGUGGCCUGACCCUGAAACCCAGGCCAGUGAGCCUGGCAUCGAGUUACGCACAACCCACGCCACGUUAUUUGCAAUUCCAACUCCCCUAGGGCACAAGUUUGUGGUCCUCGCGCAAGAUACGGAAACCAAAGGCCAGUAUCUUGCUCUUGUUUCGUCGUCAACGUCACUUAUUCGACUACCCCAGCGGUCCAUCGUCCCUUGUCCUUCUUUCCAAGGCUGCUCUGAUGCUCAGGUCUUGUCACUUGUUAGCACCCAUUUGACAGCAAUGCACCUCCUGCACCCAAUGUCCGCUGGCCAGACUCUAGUAGCACACAACCCCUCGAAUGUGAUGGCCAGGGCUCUUGAGAUACAGGCUGGCAUAAAAGGAGUGAGGGUACUCUUCACGACUGAGGCCUCGAACUCGGAGGCUCCCGAAACAUGGGUUCGGCUACCUGGAUACGUGACGCAGUACGAUCUGGGGGAGAUGCUGUUACGUUUCAACCCAUCUGCCUUUGUUGGUUUCGUCCCCGACGACGACAGCACCGAAAAGGGAGCAAAUCAAGCAGCGCUGAUAGAAUGCCCGAGGAACCGUUGCCAGAUUCUGACGACGGUGGGCGCGAUAUAUUCGUCAACCGGCUCUGAUAGCGGGCUGCCCUCAGAUCCUCUUCUAGGAGAGGUAUUGAGGCAAGCUCUGGAGUAUGUCAGGCGUGACCUUGACUUCCGUUCAGAGGGGCUUUAUCUCCCGAAUGCUGCCCCCCGGGAGUCAUUCCGCCUCAGCGACAUCGUUCGCGGACACGUUCAUCCUAACGACCCGCUCUCUGCGGUGGACUGGACUGCUGCGGCUGAUAAUUUGCCUGUUCAUAUCUGCAGGCUCGACAGCAAACCCAUGUUCAAGAGCAACGCCAGCUACUGGAUCGUCGGCAUGUCACGGGCAUUGGGCCUUUCGUUGGCCGACUGGAUGAUCAGCAAGGGGGCUAAGACCCUGAUACUGACAAGCAGGAAACCGGAUAUUGAUCCCAGGUGGAUUGCAUUGCAUCGUGCCAACGGCGCCAAUGUGGUGAUCUUGCCUUGUGAUGUAACCGACGAGCCUGCCCUGAGAAGUGUACACGCCAAGAUCUGCGCCUCCCUGCCCCCUAUUGCAGGAGUCAUCAACGGCGCCAUGGUGUUGCGUGAUACAACCAUUUCCAAGAUGACCUUUAACCAGCUCAUGGACGUCCUCCGGCCCAAAGUCGAUGGGAGCAUAAACCUGGAUCGCAUCUUCCAUGACACGGAUCUGGAUUUCUUCGUCCUCAUGUCCUCCAUCAACAGAGUUUACGGGAACCACGGCCAAGCCAACUACGCAGCGGCAAACUCGUUCAUGUGGAGUCUCGCCGCGAACCGGCGGAAGCGCGGACUUCGCGCCGCAACCGUCGACAUUGGCGCCAUCAUCGGGGCAGGUUAUUUAGCGCGGGAGCUGCGGAGGGAGCUGGAUGCUAUCGUGAAACGGUACAAUAUGUUGCGCCUGUCCGAGGAAGACUGGUGUCAGGCCAUCUGCGAGGCUAUCGAUGCCAGCCGGCUGGAAUCACAUGUUGGGCCUGGGCUGACCUCUGGGUUUGCCGAGGUGGCCAUCGACGCGCCCAAUCCCCCGAGCUGGCAUUCGAAUCCCGUGUUCUCGGCAUUUGUUGUGGCACGGGGGGCUGUCCAGGAGAAAGGCGUGGUGAAAGCGGGCGUUGAGAUUGGGGAGCAACUGCGUGCCUGUCAGACACUGGAGCAGGUCUGGCAGGUCGUUGAGCGCUCCUUUGCCACUCAGAUGCGUUCCAUCCUGCAAGUGACAACAUCAGACGAGCGGCUGAUGGCCAUGCGAAGCAACGAACUGGGACUCGAUUCACUAGUCUCGGUAGACAUCCGCUCAUGGUUCCGCAAGAAUCUGCAGGUCAAUGUCCCAGUUCUGAAGAUCAUGGGCAACGACACAUUGGCAAGCAUUGUUCAGUAUGCGGUUGACAACAUACCCUCGGAGCUGGUGCCGGGGCUGGCUGCUGUCGACGGCAUAUCAGACGCCCAAAGCAGCGGAGACCAGACGCUCCAAGCUGGGUCGGACGACGAAGGCCUAUCCACACUCAAUGAGAAGUGGGAAGCAUCAGCAACCCCCACCAAAGAGGGAACCAUAAACUGGGAACUGGAGUCCCGCCCGCCUGCAGACCUGGCCGACAUGCCCGUCCUCCCCAGUCCCCAGCGGGCCCGCAACCCUCCCCACGUCGUCGUGCUCACCGGCUGCACAGGAUUGCUCGGCCACCAUCUCAUCUCCUAUUUCCUUGCCCAGCCCACCAUCGAGAAAGUCAUCUGCCUUGCCGUGCGCUCUCUGCCAUCCCGCAUCAAGAACGGCACGCUUCCCAGCAACGACCCGCGCGUGAUCUACCACGCCGGCGACCUCUCCCAACCACUCCUCGGCCUCUCCCCGUCAGAAGCAGCCGACAUUUUUGCCUCUGCCGACGCAGUCGUCCACAACGCCGCCGACACAUCCCACCUGAAAUCCUACGCCGACCUGCGCGUGCCCAACGUAGGCUCCACGACCGCCCUCGCACGGUUAUGUCUCCCGCGGCAGAUUCCGCUGCACUAUGUUUCAUCUGCCGGGCUCGGGCUGUGGCACAAGGACAAGACCGGGUUUCUACCAGGGCCCGUCGAGCUGGCCCCGGGGUGGCAGCCGGACGGUUCGUUUGGGUACCUGUGCAGCAAGUGGACGUGCGAGCGGCUGCUGGAGCGGGUGAGUGCAAAGUGUGGGUUGCCCGUGUGCAUCCACCGCCCGUCGACUAUUGUGCGUGAGGGGCGGGAUGCGAUGGAUCACAGGGCGGAAAAGGAUUGGAUUAAUGCGUUUUUGGUUUAUGCCCGUCGGCUUAAGGCCGUGCCGAGGGCGGUGAGGAACCAGGGAAAUUUGGACCUGGUGUACGUUGGGAGCGUGUGUGAAGCUAUCAUUGAGCAGCUGUUUGGCCGGGGUGGUGAAGAUGAUACCCCUGGGGUUGGGAGUGAGUCUAACGGGGAUGCCGAAGGCGGAAACGUCACGUAUGUCCACGAGGUGGGCCACAGGCGGUUGCCGCUGGGGGAGCUGCACCAUGUUAUCAGUCGGGACAAGGACGACUGCGACCCAAUGCAGUUCAACGUGCUCGACGGAGAGGAAUGGCUUGCUCAGGCUACUGCUGCGGGGUUGCAUCCAGGGGUUGCUGCGUUGAUUGAGUCCAUGAUUGAUGAAAAGGAGGACUACCCCAACUUGUUGAAGGGGGUUAGAUCCGCUCGCGGGUCUGAGAUGGAGGCAAAAUACAGGUAG